AGAGGGAAAAAAAUAAGAGGAGGGGUCCCUCCUCUGAGACUCUCUAGCUCAAAUAUGUAGAUAUCUCACGUGGACCUCAUCGAACCUAUCUUCUCCCGCCAUGACAAGUCUCCCCGGGUCCCAAACAACCGUCUCAACGAGCGUAAACCAGUUCAACGACCUGGCCCCUCUACUGACCACUUACACGCCCCCGACUGAGUGCAGCACGUACUGGGUAUACGCUCUGCAAACCACGGGCACGGUAUGGAGGGACCGGGAAAAGAACUCGCGUUACCAGAGCCACUGCCAGCCGUUCAGCGGUGUGAACACUCUGUACAGGCCGGGGGUAUGUCCCAGUGGACAGGAAUUCAAAAGUCUGGAUGUGACGGUGGAGGCGGCGAGUGUUGGGGGACGGAGCUGGUGGGUUGGUCGGUGUUGUAGCUCGUAAGUCUUCGGGCUCUUUGCCGCGUUUUUAGGAAUUGAUAUGGAUAGAAUCGACUUUUUGCUAUUUUAGCUAAGUAGGUAGGUGGGAACUUGUACUGACGUUAUGUUAGAGACUACACA